AUGACUCUAAUAAUUAUCGAAAACAAUUUAAUCAAAAUGUUGUUCAUGUUUUGUAUAUUCGGAUGGGUUUCAUUAUUGACAGGUUGUUCGAGCAAAAAACCGGCGGUGAAAGAUUCGAAGCGGGUGAGUUCUGAGAGAGGAACGGGAAAAAAGUUCUGGAGAAAAUCAAAAUUUUUGGGAAAAUAGAGAUUUUCCAGCCAAAUUCAAAAGUAUUUCAUAUUUCAGAAAACUCAGUGUCAGACUGUAAAAUCUCGAAAAUUCUUUUUACAAAAUUCCAGCUUUUUGAGGUUAAAAUCUAUCUGUUCACGUGGCAAAAAUCAUUAUUUUCUUAACACAUUUUUCUUCAGGCCACAAGCGAGAAUUUAUCAAAAGUCGAAUCGAAUCCAAAAUCGGACAAACCCAAAACACCGUCAAAGAAGGCUAGUGAAAAACCGAAAGUUGAGCGGAAAAAAUCGUCGGAGAAAAAAGCGAAAGAUGAGCCGAAGAAAAAUCAGGCGGUAUGCUUAGUCCCAACAUUUUCAGCAUUAAGUUUUUCUCUUCCAGAAAUCUGCUGAAGACGCCAACAAGAAAGAUGUUGAAACAAAAUCGGAGAAAGUUGAUAUCGCAAGUUUGAUGCUCAAAAAAGUUGCGGAGGAAACGGUUCCGAAAACCGAUUUGGAGUCGGAUAAAGAUGAUUCGCCUGGAGGACCGGGAGUAGCUGGAAAUCACGACGAAGUUAAGAGAACUCCAAAGAAAAAAGAGAAAGCCGAACCAUCUGAUUAUGCAUUCAAUUGA